GUGGCUCUGCGUUGAUGCUCUCCCCUCGCUGCAUGUGGCCUUUGAACCCAUUGUUGUGUCGCGGGUGACGUCAGUGCCGUGUGCGGGAGACGGAGCGGCGUGCGCCUGGCUAGACAAAGGCGGCGGACCGAGCGGGGUCAGGCAGCAGAAGCAGCAGCAGCGGCAGCAGCGCGGAGCGGAGCCGAGACGAGACGAGACGAGACGAGAAUCUGUGUUUUCUUUUAAAAAAUACCAGGUAACUGCUACAGCUCGGAUCUGAGCCGCGGUCCCCCUCGGCGGUGCGCGGCACGAGGACACAGCGACACUCCCCGAGCUGCGGGUCGACUCUCCCGGCGGAGUAGAAACAACUGAGCCCUCUUUGCGUUUUUAAACGUUUUUCCUCCUACGCCCCCCAGUGUAGCCUGCUAGGUAGCUAACCCGCUAGCGCCGCGCCGCUCCGCGCUGCUCUCCUCCUCCUCCUCCUCCUCCUCGCUCUCCCUCUGCUCCUGCCCGCUCCUCAUCUCCCCCCGGUGCUGGGCUACAGCCGGGGACAGGGGCUCGUCGACGGAGGCAAGAAGAAAAGAAGAGGGUGAGCUCUCUCCCAACAAACAGGCAUCCGUGAUCUGAUGUGAGAUCCACAGAGAGACUAUGCCUAGCCCUUUAUUCCACCCCGAGAUCAUGGACCACGACGUGGUGAUCAGCAGCCAGCACAAUGGGGUCGGCCUGCCCCGAGAGACGGACCAGGAGUCCCGGGACGAGGACCACCAAGAGGCGCUCCGCUUCGCCCUGGACCAGCUGUCACUCAUGGCCCUGGAGAAAGUGGAUUGUGUGGGUGGCGGAGGCGGCGUGCUGAGCGACCCCCUGGACGGGACCCAGGGUCCCGGCUCCGAGGGCUGCAACGGCGUGGGCGGAGGAGGCUACGUGGACCUGCAGAUGCUGGAGCAUCCCGGCGGGUCACGGGACUCGCCGUCGUCCUGCUCUCCGUCCCCGGAGUACUACGGCUCUGGCGGCUACCACCUGACCGGCUCGCACCCCAUGCUCCACGGGGAACAAAGCUCCGUCCUCUGCAACAGGAAGAGAAGUGUCAACAUGACUGAAUGUGUGCCUGUCCCCAGCUCCGAGCAUGUGGCUGAAAUCGUGGGGAGACAAGGCUGUAAGAUCAAGGCCCUGCGUGCCAAAACAAACACCUAUAUAAAGACUCCGGUGAGGGGUGAGGAGCCUGUUUUCAUCGUGACGGGGCGUAGAGAGGACGUGGAGAUGGCCAAACGCGAAAUUGUCUCCGCGGCCGAGCAUUUCUCUAUGAUCCGAGCGUCCCGCUGCAAAGCCGGAGCACCUGGAGGAGGGGGAGGCUCUCUUCCUGGACCACCACACCUCCCUGGACAGACCACCAUACAGGUCAGGGUGCCGUACAGAGUUGUUGGUUUAGUUGUUGGACCAAAGGGAGCAACCAUCAAGCGCAUCCAGCAGCAGACCCACACCUACAUUGUGACUCCCAGUCGAGAGAAAGACCCGGUGUUCGAGGUGACCGGGAUGCCGGAAAAUGUGGACCGAGCGAGGGAGGAGAUCGAGACCCACAUCACCCUGCGGACUGGAACCUUCGUAGACCUGCAGGGAGACAAUGACUUCCACACCAACGGCACUGACGUCAGUCUCGAAGGCCUGGGCGCUCUCGCCGGAGGGCUGGGGGCGUCUCUGUGGUCCAGGGCUACAGGCCACCAUGCUGCCCCUCCUCCCCCUCAAUCCUCCCCUCCUCCCAAUGUUCCCAUGUCUGUGCACCACUCCUCCAGCCGGAAGGUGUCCUCCUCGGGCGCCUAUCACACGCACAACGGCGGGAUGAGCUCAGACAGCUUCAGCGCCAGCCGAAAGGCCAACGAGGGAGGCAGUCCAACCAGCCCCUUCAGCACAGGCUCCAGCAGUGCUGGGGGAGGAUUCACGUUUGGGGGGGACUCCACCCCGGGGCUGCCCUCGUCGGAUGAACUGGGCUUUGAAUUCAGUGCUCCCAACAUCUGGGCGCCUUUCGUCAACGGUGGCUCGGGCAAUAAGUCGGCCGGCUCCUCCCAGCAGCAGCAGCCUCUACGCCGCAACAGCAGUGGCCUCAGUGGCGGUGCCAUCACUCCACGAUUGUCUCCAACUCUGCCUCAGGACACAGGCGUGGGCCCCCUGGAUCACCCGCUGGCCCGUCGUGCACAAAGCGACCCCCUCAGCACUCUCUCCUGGCUACAGUCCGGCAGCGCAGGAGGCGGCUCCUUCUCUGGGGCGUCCAGCUCCAGCUCCGGCGGGUCAUCGACCGGCUACUCUUCCUGCUCGGCCUCCUCCCUGCCAGGCGGCUCACCCACUGACUCAGAGGGAGGCGGCAGCGGUGUGGGCCUCAGCUCCGGGAUCCUGAGCCGACUGAAAGGCAGCUCUGGCUCUGGUGUCGUGGGUCUGGUCGGCGUUGGCCCUGGGGUCAACAGGGACUGCUUUGUGUGUUUCGAAAGUGAGGUAACGGCAGCCCUGGUGCCGUGUGGCCACAACCUGUUCUGCAUGGAGUGUGCCGGGCAAAUCUGUCAGUCAACCGAGCCCGAGUGCCCCGUCUGCCACACCCCCACUACACAGUGCAUCCGCAUCUUCUCCUAAUGCCCCGGGCGGUGGCGGGACUGGGGGGGCGGUAAAAUAUGAGGGUAGUGGGCAGGAAGAGGACUGGGGUGGGGGCGAUGGAAGGAUUCACACUAAAAAAGAACAUCACACACACGAUGGACCAUAUUAAAUACAUUAAUAGAGAUGAUGAUACUAUGAGGAUGUUGAUUUAUUACUGUCAAGAUUAAUAAUAAUAAUAAUAAUAAUAAUGACUGACAUAUUUUAAGAGUGACGUUAAAUGAGACCGGUCUGCAGACACUCGGGGCUCAGACGGCCCCUCGAUGCUGAACUUUAUGGAAGGAAACUAGUGUCUUAUCUCUCUUCAGGCCUUCAUUUAGACCCGGAGCCACCGCGACGCCGGCCUCCGGUCGGUCUCCACCUUUCUUCAUUCUGGCUUCUUCAGAUCUCUGCCUGCUUACUUCUCACAGCCUUUCCUUUUGACACUUUUGUACUUAACAGAUAUUUUUCGAUGAAGCUGUCACUGAGGCCUGCACUUUUCUACUCCUUAUUUUAAUGUUGUUGACAAGACGCAAACGGUUCCGACAACCCCCCCGCUCCCCCCUCUGCUCCCAUCCAUGCUGUUGUUUGUGACACGGAGCAGCAGGGUUUGCUGUUUUUCUCCGAGCCUGGAACUUUUGUAAAGGUCGACAUGUAGUGAGGCACCCGGUAGAACAAUCCACCCGAGGGAUCUCUUCAAGGGCAAAGUCCUGUUUCUCGUUGCCACCGAAGAAAGAAUUAGCCAUCAGUAACGCCAAAUGAAUGCUAUUAAUAGAUGUCUCAUUAUUCUCGAUCAAACUCAAUAAUAUGUUGGAUGAAUUUGGACGAGUCCGGCCCACAUUUCAAAUGUGGCCGCUGCGUCGAUUUAUAUAUUAAUUGUCCUUUUUUAAUAAGUGCGAAACGUAUGAUUAGUGAUGAUGAAGGAAUGUGUCUGAGGUCUGUGUAUUUUGGGCUGCCUGACAAUCGCUUUACAUCUCCGUCUCGCGCAAACACGUGGGAGAGUGACGUCCUGUUGCUUCACGUCGGCGUCAUUGUGCGUCCUCGCCACGAGAAGGUCUGGUCUCUGUCCCGCUGCCCCUCCCUCGAUCCGCUCUCAGUCUUAUAGGAAGGCGACGCUCCGGUCCAUCCUCUCACAUCCCGUAUGUUACACUUCGAUCGACCAUUUUAGUGUUUUCUAUUUGUUUUUGACUCUUGACUGUCGAGUGUGUGGCCUACAGACAUAUUUUGAACUCCAGGAUGAGAUAGGGCUUUACUGAUGUCACACGUGAAUGUUUUGUCCAAGUUACGUAGAGACGUCCGCUCCGCCCACAUGGAACAAUAACAAGGGGCGCGAUUGAAUCAUUUUUAAUUUUUCAUGCACUGUUCCCCACAGCCCCGAUAAAAAAGAAGAAAAAAAAAUCAAAACAAAAAAGCAUAAAAAGAAAAUAAACAAAAAAAAAGCCAAAAGGAAACGGCUCUUACUGUUUUUGUUAGGUUUCGGUCUUCCACCCCUCUCACAGCCAAGCUGUAUGGCACUCUCUCAGAUGACACCGUCACGCAUAGUGCCGUCCUCCCGGCCACACGUCGUGCACUAUAUGGUUAGUUGUUUGCGAUUUGUCCCGUGUUUCAUAGCAUCAUUGGGUAACCCCCCAUGAGGCUGUUCCUGUUUUUGUCUUUGUGUUUUAAAAAAAGAAAAGAGGGUUUGCUGUUACUGCCUCAGAUAGUGUUAAUACUGUACUGACGACCCGGGCGAAGGUACACGGUCGCCGUUUUGUGGCCCCCCUUUUUGAACAUAGUGUGGAAUCGGCUCAUAGAAUGAGACAAGCCAUUGCAACUUAAUUAAAACGACACACACCUAAUUCUUAAGGGCUUCCUCUGACCGCACAGACACACAAUCACAAACUGUUUUCAGACUCGCAGUAGUAAAAGAAUCAACUCCUCCUUUAUGGCAGCUAGUAGCUAGGUUCCAGGGCUUCCAGACACUCUGUGUUCAAAUCCCAGCAGCUGCUGAAUGUUUUGCUUCUUCUUAUUAAUUCGCUUCUUUUUCUUCUUCUUCUUUUCUCUCAAUUGUCCCGACACAGCCGCCACAUUCAGAUCCUGUCAAUAGAAUAUUGGGGCGUUGAAGUCGCAGCGUGUCGUCCUCCCUGGACGUGUUGUGGGGGCUUUAAUAUCAAGGAACAAAGGGGGUAACUGCUCGAGUGAGUAAUGGGUGAAACUGGGCAGUUGCUGCUGUGCUCUGGUGCUCCAGCCAGUGUGACGUUCAACUUGUUUUCCUGUCUCGACUGUUUGUUUGCUACUUCUGGGCGAUGGUGUCAGUAGGAAUCUAAUAAGCAUCUGUCCUGGUCGAGCGCAGCAAUGCACUGGUUCAUGUGUCCACACACACGUAGGAAAAAACUCUGCCCAGGAGCUGAACUGCUCGUCUGUCUGGUGGCUUAUAUCCCAUGGUGCUUUGGUGCAACUCCCUACUGAAAGGCAGGGAUGCACACAACCCCAGCUGUUUUUAGCGGGAGAGUCGUGUAGUUCUCAGAAGGAACCCGUAGACCCGACAACCCUGUGGUCGUUCUCACCUAAAAACCAGAAACCAGUCGCCUCGCCGGGCUCUGACGUCGAGCGUCGCAUUUCAUCUCUCACUCAUGCACACUCGGAACAGAUGCAGGGCUGCGAAUGUGACCGAAUGAUGUCGUGACCGCUGUGCGUCUGUUGAGUCCAGAUCUCAAAGCCCAAUCCUCACACGGUCCCGAGUCGACGUGUUAAAGAAAUUAGAUGUCUUGUGUUUUGCCAGAUGGGUCCGUUGUCGGUCCUGGUGCUGCACCGGGACGUCUCUGGCCCACGAAAGGACGUCGGGGUUAAAUGUACAGUAGUUUAAUUGUUAAAAAAAAGGUACAAUUUUUUCAGAUUGACUGUUGAUUAUUCUUUUGAUUUUUUUUGUUGUUGUUUUUAGCCAAACGUACCCCUCCCCCAUUUCCUUCCUAAAGGUUUGAAAACAGGGUUUCCUGAGGCAUGCUAGCCAGUGACCUCUGACCUUUUUUGUGAUUAGAGGGGGGAUGCAAAGAGAGCCGGUAAGGGGUGACAGACUCCCCUCAAGCCUCCGCGCUCCUAUUUUUUGCUUUAAGUCUCUUUGUACGCAGAACCAAAAUAUAAACGUUGGCAACCUAGGUUCCAGUCCUGCCCCGUGUGUGUGUAAAUACCCUGGAUACAAUCAUUGGAUCUGUUUUCAAGAGCAAAAUGACUUAAUUGAAGAUAAGUGUAGUUUCUAAAGAACAUGUAUCAUUAUUUGUAAGUUAACCAUCUGCAUGUCUUCGAGCCACCUGGCAUUAGCUAAUAAUUUUUAAGAUUUAAAAAACAAAAAAACUUUUUACACAUUUUAUUUUUUACAAUUUAUUUGCUUACCUAAAUAUCCCAGACAAUAAUGUGACCCCUUUUUAUUACUUCAAAUUUAUUUUUAUUUUCCAUUUUUUUAUUUUCCUUAUUUCCUGUGUACUACAUAUAGGCAAUUUAUAACAAAAUGAGAAAACUAUUGAAGAAAUUUUAAAAUUGAAAUAUAUUUUAUUUGAAAGUUUAUGGACCUUUUAACCGUGACCCGGGAAAAUUGUAUAAUCAUAUAAUUUGAGCUGACUUGACGGUUAUGAGAAAUGUAUCAAGAGUUUUAUUUUUUAUGCUUCUUUAAUAAAGUCUUGUUUUUUGGUUUCAUUUUUUUACUGUAAAAUAA